AUGACCAAUAAAGGCAAAGAUGUGGGCUCCAAGACGGGGCUAUCAAUGCAUGAUGACGCAGGUCAGCAACACACUAAUACGGUCAGCCAUUCUAAAAUUCAGGACGCUGCUAAAAGCCAAUAUUACUUUACAGGCCUUGACAACAUUAGGAAGGGCAGCUUGAAGACUUAUGAUCAAGAGAAUGAGUUGGAGUUAGAGUUACAUAAGAUUCUGUCUCAGGAUAACACAACUGAUGCCUCUGGGAUGAGUACGGGAGUCGAUGGGCUAGGAAACGUUACAGCGGAGUCAUUUUGUCAUAGAGAUGAAAUUGCAGAAGCAAUUGAGAAGGCUAUGGCAGAAAUUGCGUGUCCUGAAUUGUGGAAUCACGACCAUUCCAGCCAAGAUGCAGCUGCUGGAAAUGAGAUGCAUCUAUCUCAGUUGACAAUGGAUGGUAUCUUGGAGAACGAUGAGACUUUUGUAACAAUGCAUAAAACUGCAUCUGCUGUGGCAUCUGCUGAAGCUGCCCGUCAUUACUCGCCUUUUAAAUCUGAUAAGCACGGUAUACAUCCAGAAACUUCUUCAGCUACAUUCCAAACGAACACCCCCGCUGCUAGCGAGAGUAUUGAUAAUUCACCCUCAGAUGGCAUGACUCCAACUUGCAAGCGUAAAAACGUUUCAGCUGCUGGAACAGCCCAGUUAUCGUCGAAGAAAGCCAAGUUGCUAUAUGAGACCAUAUCACCAGAAUCGUUGUCGCCAUUAUCUGACAACAGUGACUUCCUCAAGAGCACAUAUAGCAAGACGCCAAGCAGUACGCAAGAAGCAUCACAUACCACUGGAUCUACCACGGAAUCGGCGUUGUGUACUGACAUAAAGCGCAAAUUGCAGAACCCUGGUAUUUCAGCUCACGGUAUCAUGAAUCCAUCAGGCCAGAAAUCGAAGGUAUCCUGGCAACAGGAUUCCUCCGCUCAUAUUAUUCCACCAAAAUUGACUAACGAAUACACAAUGCAACAAGUGACGGAAACAAAGCGGAGAAUCAUAAAUACCCAUAAGUUAAUUCUUAAUUUUAACUUCUUGAAAGAUAGCUACACCAGGUCGUGUAGCCAACUAAAGAAAGCCAUUUUCAAAUUGAAAACGUCUGAGUGUCAUCGUGCUCGGCUAAUCAAAGAAAAUGAACAAUUGAAAAGAUUAGCCCUGGACCUGCAUAAUAGGUUAGAGGAGUUGAGCAAGAACAACAACUGA